AUGGAACUGCUCCGUGAUUUCGGAUUAACGGAUGCUUCAAACCCAUGUCCCUACUACAACUUCCUCCUGGGCAGCGGAAAUACCGAGGUCCCGACUCCUGGUCAAGUGCCGAAGCAGUUGUUGGCAUUGUUGUCGGCCACUAAUGCUCUUCCUGUAGAGAUCCGUGAGCGGAUCAGGGAAGACGUGCUCUCGCAAUAUACUCCUCCUCCGCGUCCAACCAACUCUGUUCAAGUCGAGCGCCUGAAUGAGUGGAGACGCAGGGAGCGAACUCGAUUAGUAACUACAAUGAGACCAGUUUGUCGAAACUGGGCAGAUUUGCUCUACCAACGGCAUCUCUAUGAUGAACUUUCGAUCAAGGAUAUUCUUAAAGCAACCCAGAUUAUCGCUGACCUAGAAUAUCAAUCGGAAGCCGGUGAGCUACUUCCCGAAUGCCGAUAUUUGAAAGUUCACCAGCUCUGGACUUGGCCGAUGCUCAGUAUGCCUCCUAUGAAACCUGAAUUUUCGGAUUUGGAUUCUCUGCUUGAACAAUUCUCCGAGACGAUCGUCGCCCUCGAUAUUCAAGUUCACAAUUUUUUUACACUUCCGAUGGCAACUGUCGAAAGAAUAGGCCGCCUGGCGAAUUUACGUUUUUUGAGACUUGGAAUCAUUUUUAGUACUCUGAGGGCGAAAAAAAAAUACAAAGAGGUAUCAUUCGAGGCAGAGUCAAUACCGAACGACCUGCCAACCGAUUCGGAUUGUCUUGUAUCUCUUCUUAAAGCAGCCAAACAAGUGGUCUGCCUCGAUUUGACCGAUUUCCGCCCGGUUUGUUCACCAGGAUCGCUUGUGGAAAAUAUCGGUAACUACCAGUUCAAUGGGAUCAAGGCGUUAAAACUAGACGUGAAAAUUGGCCAAUGUCUUACCCAACUUGGGAUCGAAAGACUCGCGACUAGGCUACCAAAUCUCACAGUGCUGUGGAUAGGGGGCAGUGGUCAAAUGGAAGGUCAAAUUCUUGAUCCCCUUUUCAAAAUCUUAAGCGACCAACUGGAAGAGAUCUUCCUCAAUGACGCAUUUGUAUUGAGGCUCGUUGGCCACCUAAGAUUGCCAAAACUACGAGUGCUAAGGCUACACGAAUGGGGAUCUGACUUGGGCGCGGACUUGAGGAACCCCAUGAUUACGGAUGCACCAUUGCAGGUUCUCGCGCUUCAUAGUUUUCCGUUUACUCAAGAACACAAGAGUGCCCAUCAUUUGUCUUUUAAAAAGCUACGGCGUUUAAGACGGGUAGAACUUCUUGAAGCCUCCAAGUUCCCACCACCAUCGGAUUUCAUAAAAUCAUGUGAACGUGACGGACUGGAAUGCGUCUUUCGUGACCACGAAGAUACCGGAGAAGAUGGUUAG